AAGUCGUAUUUGGCGGAAAAAUUAUUGAACAAAAAAAUAAUCCGGGCACCUCACGCACAAAUUUAAGUAAUAAAAAUUUUGAGCUCUUACCAACAAACAAUGAAUACCGUAUUACUAUCGGUGGGAGGGCUUUUUAUAAUAGUAAAUCCGAAUGGCUAAAAUCCCUGGAACAUGACCCAGAAACCUGGAAAAUUAUUAAAUAUCGAAAGGUUGCACCUAUCUUUGACCUUUUGUCAAAAAAUGACGAAGAAGAAAAAACCUUAAGACAAAAGCAAAAGUUGAAAAAACUAAAGUUUAGUUUUAAACCACUGCAGAUAAAGCCAUAUGUUUAUCCCUUGAACAUGGAUUUUAUUCCAAAUUUAGAAAAACACCAGAUUUUUCCUACCAUAUUGAACAAGAGGGAGAAUAUUGACGUAUUUGGAUUACGUUUGGAUUAUCUUGAUGAUAAAAGUCCUGCAAUUAUUCUUCAUCGAACCUAUAAAAUUGAAAGGCAAAGAAAUUACGAAUUGGAAGUUCUUUGGAUCGUCAUCGGUUACUUAAAUGAUUUUAAGAUAAAAGAUUUCAAUCCCGAUAUCGACAUCGAGAGUGUUUUGGGAACUUGUGUUAUUGAUCGCGGGGUCAAUUCGGCUUAUGCCUCACACGAGUCAACAAUAGUCACAGGAAUUCAUUUCAGAGAACAAGAAAAUGCGUGUGUUUUCUUAUAUGACUUGGAAAGUUGUGCCAGAUACAAACCCGAUCAGAAUUUGUUACCACUGAAGAAUUUGAAUAUUCAUUAUUGUGUACUUAAGGACAAGGUGCGUUUAAAUUCUAAUCAAUUGGGGAAAACACCUUUAACUCUCUCUUCCAAGAAUAUUGAUGAAAUUAGUAUUAAAAGCAUUAUUGGAGAUUUCGAAUUGACAAUGGAUCAUUUUCUCUUUCUAAAUUAUUUAGAGAAUUGUACAGACGAUAGUUGCAAUCCAAUAAUAUUAAAUGUAAAUGUGUUAUCCAAUGAUGGUCGAGUAAAAAUUUGGUCUUCUAAUAGCAAAAAU